CCGUGAUUGCCGUGCAGCAACGUGCAGCGGCGCCGACUGCCGCUCUGAUGUCCGGGUUGUCUCUUGGCUAGUUUGCGCUACACUGGGGAGCAUGGCGUGACGCGUACCAAGCGACCGAGAGACAGAGAUGGAUGGCAUCGCUGCCCGGACCUGCCAGCCACCUUGCCACGAAAAGCCACCCAAUUCUCGACUACCAUCCAGAGGCGCUCCCACGAGGUGGCGGGCCAUCAACAGGAUAUACCUUCCUGAGAGGGUGUUUAUAGAAACAUACUAGUCAACUACUACAGUUAGUAGUGAACGACGCCAGCACUUAUAGCAAAGGUAUAUAAUGUGCUGCACGACAGCACCUCAUCAUCGGUUCUGCAGCAUGAUCGGUUCUGCAGCAUGAAGUCAAAGUGCUUGAUGCAAGAACUAGCCAGUCGUCGUUCUAGCGAAGCGCUUCUGCGCCUGACUCACCCGCGCAUCCCCCAUCCCGGACCUCGAUGACCGACCAUGACGGGGGCCGCGCCUGCCGACCCCCCUCAAGUAGACUGGGCAUGCUUGGGAACGUCAGCCUGGCCUGGAUGAAGUGGCCGGCCCAGGCACCUGUUGCAUUAUCUGUGCUCCGGAAGUCUCGGGAGUCCUUCGAUCGCCCUUUUCCUGGCUCGGGUAAGCCGAAUGGCUGGUUGCUCAUCAGCGUGACCCCCCCCCCCGCUGGCAAGCUCAAGCUCCCACCUCUCACCGCGUCCGCCCCGGCUCCAGCUCCGACCCCUCCGCCACUACCAGAAAGUCAAGGUACGUGCGGGCCACCCGACAGCCCGCCCCCGACGCUGGUCGCUGGCCGCCAUCUGCGCCGCCAACCGGUAGCCGCCCAUGUACUGUACAUGGCCGUCAAUCAGCUCUCGAUGCCCUCAUCCCGUGGCCUCGGGCGUAACUCGUCCCCAUGCCUACCCCCGACCCCGUCCAUCUCACUCAGUGGCUCCACGUCUGCGGCAGGCCCGGCCUUCCGUGACCACUGCCGCUCCAGCGGCGGCGAGGAAAUAAAAUGAGCCCGGAGCCAUGUCGGUGACCAAUCCUGGAGCCUUUGUAUUUUGAUACCACCCUUUCGUCGCCGUAUUCCAACAGCCGUUGCCGUACCGUGCCUUGCUUCGCCUUGCUGCCCGCUUGACGACCUGUUCGCUUUUUCAGUUUCAGCCUGCCGUCCCCGGGCGUGCGAGCGUUUUCCGAUCUUGGUCCACAUUGGCUCCCUGCGCCACGUAAUAUUUGUCCAUCGCCGACAGACAAGCGUCUUGCGCCCGUGAAUUUAGCCUUUGGUUUGCAGGGACGGACGGACGCAGCUGCGGACCACGAAACCGCCAAGUUCGCAGCCUUUUGUCAUCAAGGGUCCGCAUAUUCAACGCCACUGCUGCAGGAGCUUGUUACGACGUCGGCCAGUUGGGGUUGGUGGCGAGAGCGUGGACAUCAAGGUGAUAUCAGCCUCUCUGCGCCUCUUGAGCCUCGCUGCUUGGGCCUGUUGCCUGCUUCCUCGUCGCGGCGGCUCCUCUAGAAGGCGCACUGUCGCCAUCGAUUCGCACCAUCUUCUCGCUGUCUUGGGGGCAGUCAGUCAUUCUUGCGCAGGCAAAGCUACUCGGCUUGUCAUGAGUGUCGCGGCGCUGCUGAGGGCGGGCGCCAGCGCCUUUGCCAUGCUCACCGUGUUGUCGGCCGGCAAGGCGCAUGCCACGGGCGUGGAUAUGAACAUGGACAUGGGCACGGGCGAGGCCGCUGGCCACGAGCAAUCCGCCUCUCAGUCUUACCCGCCGACGUACUUUGCCCACCCACACUAUGUCGGGGUCAUUUACGCUCACAUCGCUCUCAUGGUAAUUGCAUGGGUCUUUGUGCUUCCCAUCGCCGUCAUGCUCUCUCUCGCCAGGUCGCGGUAUACAGUCGCUUCUCGGGUCUUGUUCUCGAUGACGAAUGCUGUCGGCAUCGUCUUUUCAAUCAUCUACAACGCCAACACGCCAGACCUUUACCCCAACAAUGCCCACCACAAGAUUGGUUGGAUCGUCACGUCCGUCGCCUCGGCACAACUCAUUGUUGGCAUGGUGGGCCAUUUUGCCGGGCCGGUGAGAGGCCGCCGCGCCUGCACGUCGUCGCCAGAGUCUUCAGCUUUCAUGCCCAUUCCGGCCGACCUGUCGGAUGAGGAGUAUCGUAUGUCCAACGACAGUGGGCAAGGAACCGAGCCCGACACCGAGUCGCUGCACAGCAAUUCCCUGUCUACCCUCGAUGGUGUCGGCGACGACAAUGAUCAGCAUCUUCCACUGCACGCUCGGCACAAGGAGUAUCAGCACGACGACGAGCUGGUCGACGAUAUCUCUCCGCCCUCCCGCGCCUCUAGCUGGGCGGCCAACCAUGCCGUAAGAGUCAUCUCCUCGGCUGCGUGGCGCUACAUCGACUUGGCUUCUCAGAUAGUCGACCGCAUCAUUCUGCCAUUUGGCUUCAUCGCCUUCACUACCGGCAUCGUUACUCUGGGCCGCUUUUUUGAAGGGCCCGGUGUAUUCGGUGGAUUGGCUCACUGGGUCAAGGGGGGAGUCUUCUUCUGGCUGGGGCUCUUCACUUUGGGCAGGUGGUCCGGCAGCUUCGGCCAGCUCGGCUGGGCUUGGAAUGCGCGACCACCACCUGUCCGGCACCAGCAAUGGAGCCAGUGGCGUCCAUCGGCCGAGUUUGUCGAGAGCGCCCUGAUUUUGUUUUACGGCUCCACAAACAUCUUUCUCGAGCAUCUUGGUGGUUGGGGUGGCGAGUGGUCAGCUCAGGACUUGGAGCACAUGGCCAUUACUGUCUUGUUCAUCGGAGGCGGAUUGUGCGGGAUACUAGUUGAAUCGACACGCAUCCGCGAUCUUUUGAACACGACCGUGACCGACGCUCCGCCGGCUGAAACGUCACCCGAUGAGGAGCGCCAGCUGCGAAUCCCGCCGACCACGUAUGGGUUCUCUCUGAAUCCGAUACCGGCACUCGUCAUCUUGCUUUUGGGCUUUAUGAUGAGCUCCCACCACCAGUCGACCAUGAUCUCUACCAUGGUUCAUAAGCAAUGGGGCAAUCUCCUCCUCGGUGCUUCCUUCGCCCGCGGCCUGACCUAUGUUCUCGUAUAUCUCCGCCCGCCCAAGUCAGUUCUGCCGUCCCGCCCCCCCACAGAGCUAUUGGCAUCAUUUGGGCUCAUUGCAGGCGGUAUCAUCUUCAUGGCGAGCAGUUCUGACACGGUCGACGGGAUGAUUCACUAUGACCUCGAUGCGAUGUUCAUGUACACGGUGACGAUGGGUAUCGUGGGCAUACUGAUGGCGUGGGAACUUGUGGUUCUCGCCAUCAAAGGCUGGGCUACCCGUAAGGAACGGCAAACUGUGCCACGCUUUGCCUAUGCUUAAAGAAGCACUCUGGCCUGCUGCCGUCCUCCGAACUAGUGAUCCAGGGUGGCUGGGAUUUUGGGACCAGUUUCUCUGUUUUGGCUGGGCUGCGAUGCUUUUUUGCCCUUGUUCCUUUUUUGUUCGCAUCCCUCACUAUUCUUCCCUUUGAGAUACCCUUGACGAUUGAAUGAAAAUGGUUUGCCUAGGUCUUUGUUCUUUUGUGGGAUGACCAAGGCGUCGUGGAGGACCAAAGUGCGUAGUCGGGCAGAGCAGCGACUCGGUAGUCAAAGAUGGGCUGAAUCCUUCGCAAGGUGGCCGGGGCUCCCUGGGGACAGGGCUUAGAGCCCCUUACUGCGUGACUCGCAGCAUUGGCUGUCAAUGCGCAGGAUCAUCGACAUUACGCGCCGUUCUGCGCACAUCAAGGCUGACAGCCGCGCUUGGGUCGCGCAUGUGAAUGCCAGCAAAUGGGGCGGGCGCUGGCUGACUGGUAGUGAUGCGACGGACGCGGUGCAAUCUGCCAAGAUAGGCUUCUUUAUGAGUUAUCGCCUCGGUCUGCGUCGGGCUUCGAUGGGUCGGCAACGGCCCUUUGUUGAUCGUGAGUGGAAAAUUGCGCCACGCCCUGCCGAAGGGCGUGCACCAGGAACGCGACCGAGUCCGCCUUGAAGUCGUCGGCGCUCCUGACUUUGUCGAGGUCCUCGGCCAGCUCUUGCGUGGUUCGUUCCAAAUAAAAUCGUGCGAACUGCGCCUUGACGGCCGCUUCGUUGCGUUCGGGCUGUAGAGUCAUGACGACGGUGGGUGAGAGAUGAUCCUCUUUUGGGGUGUCGGUUGCAAAAAUGGUCGUUGUCGAACAUUUCAACUGAGCUCAGAUAAAAUUUCGGCCCCUGCUGCCCCGGGGUUUGGCGGUGGGGAAGAGGCUUUCCUGUAUUGAGCCAUACAGCAAGCAAAAUGGGGAGCUGACUCCACUCAUGGAGCUGUAGGUACGACUAUACAUACAAUGGGCAUCACAGAGGCUGCGGAUUCUACAUACCCCGGAAGGUGC